UUUGCGCCGUCAAGAAGUAUGGCAACGCACAGUACGUACCUACUCGAAGAAAUUUCCGCGUCGCGUUCGUUCGAAAAGUUACGCUGCUUCCGGUCAUUGAAGAGUUGAAAGGAAAGUAUUGUACAAGUUUACUGUGUGUCUAAGAUGUCCCUGCGUUCAAGAUGGAAUUACUCUGUACCAUCGUUUCCGAGACGCAGCGCCCUGGAUAUCUUGCUGGGCACGUGGCUGCCGGGGCCGUUCGAUGGCCCCUACUGCGGCCCCUGCGGCGCCCCGCCGCGCCCGCGCCCGCGCCUUCGCACGCGCUCGCGCUCCGCGGCGCCCGGGUACAAUUUCAAUGGGUCGGUGCUAGUUGUCGAACCGUCGGUUGCUGGCGGCGGCAAGAAGAGGAGUCGCGAGGGUGGCCGUCAGGACUCACCCUACGAGCUGGUCGGCAAUGGCUGGAGCACCAGUGCAUCAAAAGACGUAAAAAGCUUUAAAGUCUAUCGGAUUGCCUUUCAUCCUGUGUGCAUCUUCGUGUGCAAGUGAAGUUGUGCAAAAUCAACAAAGACAACUUGAUAGUUUAUGUUCGUGAGUGUGUGAACUGUUCCAUGGAUAUACCAGCCGGAGAAGGCUUGGAGACAGACAUGACCGUAUCACCGGAAACGGAGAAUAGCGAGGAAGCACAGCAAGAAGUAGCAAGCCAAGGUCGCUCCACGCCUCCGCGGAGACUCAGCCGGAGCAAAAAGGCGCCCGGCUGGAGCGGCGCCACGCCACGCCACGCCAAGCGACGCCGCGUAAGGGAGGCGCCCCUGCACCCCGUCGGGGAAGCGAGCCUGCCCGAGGCCUGA